CUUUGAACCCAAAUAGCCUCCAUAUAUUUUUCAAUCUAUGUUUUCUCCAUCCUUAAAUAUUAGUCGUAAGUGACGAAUAGCAGGAAGGGGACUGGAGAAACUCCGUCAAUUUGAAAAGAGUUCAUUUAUUUGACUCUGUUUUGCAGAAUGUCAUUUUAAAUAAGCGCUAGCCUGGAAAAGGUUUUUAUUGUUUUGAACCACAGGCUUUAUAUUACCUUUAGAAAAAAAAAAAAAAAAAAAAAAAACUCUCAGCCGCAAGUUGGAUGCUUCUGGCAGCAAGACAAAUCUAGCACCACCCAGGGAGGGAGUGUAUUUGCUUCUUCGCUCACUUCUGGCAGGGCAGAGGAAUGCUGGACAUCGAGAGACAACAAGGGAGGCUGCCCAGAGCAUCACCACCCUGCUCCUUCAUCCCCUGCCUUAGGCCUCCUCCCUUGGGAACACACAGAUGUCAGAAACUGAGCUGGAAAAGAUAAAAGUCAGAACAGCUGAGCAUUUUGAAAAUGAUAAAAAUAACAUUUCUUGGUUGAAGGAAGGAUUAUCCAGCUCAAUUCCAAGUCCUCUUGAAGAUCCUGAUAUGCAACUCACAAAUGAAAAGCAGACAGAUGAGAAAGCCAUUAAUGCUAUCGUUAUAAAUGCAGUGUCCGAAUUCAAUAUCACAGAUGGACCAGCCAAGGAAACCCCCUGUGAGAAAAAACUGUCAGCAUCCAGCAUAUCAGUGUCCUCCCUUGAAGAAUGCCAAAAGAAAUUUUCCUACCUCCAAACUGAUACUUCCGUUCAUCCAAGAGACACCGAUGAGGAGUGCGCCUCCCUUAUCCUCACCUGUCUGUUUUGCCAGUUUUUGGAUUGUCUCCUAAUGCUCCCAGAUACUUGUGAGACGGUGUGCACCAACGUGUGCUGCCCCUCUCACAGGUACCACUACACCUCGGAUGAGAGCCAUUCCCGGAAUGAUUGCAACUGCAACUGUGACGUGGACUGCAGCCUUUUUGAAUCCUGUCAUGAGACCAGUGAAUGUCUGGAGCUGGCCAUGGAGAUUUCAGAAAUCUGUUAUCGCUAAUGCCACAAAGGAAGCCCCUUCCAGCAGACCUCCUUGGCCCCAAGGGGAAACUCCUUUACACUAAGACUGUAAUUUCCUUGUGCUGAAAUGAAAGGACUGUACACAUUUCUUGGAUGCCUAUAGACCAUUUUAUUCUGCACCUGUCUGGUAAAGCUAGUAUUGUCAACCCAAUGGUCUUAGUCCAAAUUUCCCAACCGCAUGGCUCGCUGAAAAAUAAGAUCUUGAUCACAUGUGAUGAACAAAUCUUAAAUACCUCUUAAAUGCCAUAGGUACAAGAUGUUUCUUGACUGUAAAAUAGCAUGUGAAACCAUUCUGUGGUAUUGCACUCAUUGGCUUGCAUCAUGGAUUCAAACUUCAUUCACAGAUUCAGGACAAAUUAGCGCAUUCUUUCAGAAUUGACAUACAUUAGCUCGUCUUUCUAAUGGACUCAUGCAUAAACAUGAUGCAUUGUUGGUUAUUAUUAAUAAUGCAUUGUAUAACAUCCUUUUGUAAUUAAAAAUUUAUUUAUACAGUCUCUUAAAAUUCACUUAUAUGUACAGUUUAGGUAGGAAAGGGAAUUAAAUGAAUUAGCAACCAUGUUCCUGUAAUUACAACAGAUGUCUCUAAGACAUAGCCAGUGAAUUUUGAAUGUGAUGUACUUCGAGAGAGUACUGUUAAUUUGAGACUAUGUUAUUAUAUGUCUAUGACUAUGUCAUAACAGGUUAUGCAUAUUCUUAAUUUGUUACAGAAAGGCUCUUAUUUAUUCUAAUGAGCAGAAAUAAGAAUAAUGUGCAAGUUUCAAGAAAAUGACCCCAGAUCAUCAAUUCUUCAUUUUCCUCAUUUCUGUUUGUCAGGUACAAAAGGCAACAGGAUAUUAAAACAGAACCACUUCAUUUCACUAAACUAUCAGUUGUGGAGGCACCCUGAAGAAACCCAUGUCCUGGCACUUAUGCAGCCCUGAGUUUCCUAAUACAGCAUGUACUUCAGAAGCCACAUUUAUUUUCUGAUAAUUCAAGUAAUUCAAAUUAUGUUGAGCACUUCUUUAUUCUUACAAAAAAAAUUUCUGAAGAUGUGAUACAAACAUAGAAAGCAACUUUCACCUCAAAACAAAUUAAAUGAGUGAACAAUUUAUAAGGAAAAUACAUCUAGAUCAAAGUUACUUUGGAAUCUUCUUUACUUUCUGUAAGCGUGGCAUCACUUACUAGUGUGUGCUUAAAUAUUCCCGUGGAAAUAUCUCACUAUAUUCAUUGAAUAUAAACAGGCAAAAUAGAUCAAUAGCCAAAGAACACAAAAAUGAAAGGGAGAUUCAAGGGAACUUUUUAUGAUUUAGGCAAAUGACAACAACAAAUUCCAAAAUACCUAUCUUUGUGUGACUUUGGUACCUCUGUUGUUUUUUAUUCGUAUUUUUAUUUUUAUGGCAUGUGGAAGUUCCUGGGCCAGGGAUCAAACUUGUGCCACAGCAGCAACCCAAGCUGCUGCAAUGACAAUGCCAGAUACUUAACCUGCUGUGUGACAAGAGAACCUCCAUGGGUUUGGGGGUUGGGGGGGCGGUUUUUGUUUUUGUUUUUUGACUUUGGUACAUUUGGACAAAACCUGCACUUGUUUUGUUUCUGUAGUGAACUAGCAUGUUUUUCUACUCUGCAAUAACUUCCUCAAAACACUGAAAACUACUAAUCUUUUGAAAAUUUUAAGCUGCCCAUAAAAAGGCAAUCAACCAUUCAUCUUGCUCCUAAUAACAUAGUGCAUCCAUAGUUUACACAGGCUUCCUUCCUGUUUGACUGUCAUACUACCCACAAAGCACAGAGCAUGAGAAUGGCCAUCCCUUAUGAAACACCAGCCUCAAUGCUUUUCAGAAGCUCAGAGGCAAUUCUAGACUCUCAGCGCAGAAUUUGCAGAUCUUUAGGGGGAGAAAAAAGCAAAUUCUUAGGAAGGGUGCCUAUAGCUCUUCUUACCCAAUAUUUUCACUUUUCAUAAGAGAAAAUAGAGGCUCUCAAGAACUGACUUAUCCGGGACCAUGUGGUGAAUUAAUGGCAGUGUGAGGAGCUUGAAUUUGUGGUCUUGUUUUCUAGCUAUACUGCACUACCCCAGGAUUCUCCACUUCCUAGUCCAGCUGGUACACAGUGAUACAGCUAUUCCAACUGUUCAAAUAUUAAAAUACUACCAGACUGGCUCAUAAACAGUUGCUAUCAUGAACUUCUUUAGUGCUCACCCCACACCUCCAGCCACCUGGCCCGUCUCCAAGCACCUACCCAACUCCCCAUCGUCCAGCCACUAAAGGAGGAACACCUGGACACCUAGGGGUCUCUGAGAUCAACACCAUCAACAAUAUGGUACCUGAUGUCAUUGAUCAGGCCAUGCCAUCUUGGUGUCACAUAUUUGACCAUUCCCUUAUUCUUUCUAGUCUACAUGCCCUCCAACUGGGCAAAGAUCAUGCAUUUCAAAUGUGAAUUGAACGCUGGUCAAUUAAAGACGUAAGAGUUGUCAAAUCAUAUUUUAUAAUGUGGUCAGAAUACUACAAGCUCUUUCUGUGGCCUCUUUUUCCAUGGUUUGUUAACUUAUUCUUCACUUUCAGAAUUCACCGUGCUAUAACAGAAAGGGUUGGUUAUACAAAGUGUGAAAUUUCUUUUCUUUAUAACCAAUAAUAAAACAUCAUCCUUUUU